UCAUAGCGAUAAAGACGGGGGUAAUCGCUGCAUUUCGAGGUCAGGGGGUAAAAAUAAAGAAAGUGAAAUAAUUUUAAAUAAUUUCCGGUUAGCUCACUGUCCACGUCAGAGGACUUUUGUUAUGAUUUGUCGUUGAAAUGGGCGAUGUUUAUUGUGCAGCCUGAUAAGUUCCUCUAAAGGGUGGUGAAUAACUGGAGCCUCUAGCCUUCAACUGCCUAAAUAUUAGGCAGAAAACACAUAUUUCUCUUAUAUCGUGCGGUGGCGGCAGCCAAUAAUUGACUCUGGAGCAGGACACGGAGGAUAGUAUGGCCAUGACGGGAGGGACUGCAGCUGCCCUUCCCAUGAGCAACCACACCCGAGAGAGGGUGACUGUGGCCAAGCUGACACUGGAGAACUUCUACAGCACUCUGCUGACCCAGCACGAGGAGCGUGAGAUGAGGCAGAAGAAGCUGGAGAAGGCCAUGGAUGAGGAGGGUUUGCCAGACGAAGAGAAAGUGAUGCGCCGCUCGCAGCAUGCCCGAAAGGAGACAGAGUUUUUGCGGCUGAAGAGGACGCGGCUCGGCUUGGAUGACUUUGAGUCCCUAAAGGUUAUCGGACGGGGUGCAUUUGGAGAGGUCCGUUUGGUGCAGAAAAAAGACACGGGGCAUAUUUACGCCAUGAAGAUUUUGAGAAAAGCGGACAUGCUGGAGAAAGAACAGGUUGCUCAUAUCCGGGCAGAGAGGGACAUUCUGGUGGAGGCGGACGGCGCGUGGGUGGUCAAGAUGUUCUACAGCUUCCAGGACAAGAGGAACCUCUACCUCAUCAUGGAGUUCCUGCCUGGAGGUGACAUGAUGACCCUGCUGAUGAAGAAGGACACACUGUCCGAAGAGGCAACCCAGUUCUACAUCGCAGAGACAGUUCUGGCCAUCGACUCCAUCCACCAGCUGGGCUUCAUCCACAGAGACAUCAAACCUGACAACCUGCUGCUGGACUCCAGGGGACAUGUGAAGCUGUCAGAUUUUGGCCUGUGUACGGGACUGAAGAAGGCUCAUCGCACAGAAUUUUACAGGAACCUGACGCACAACCCACCCAGUGAUUUCUCCUUUCAAAAUAUGAACUCUAAGAGGAAAGCAGAAACCUGGAAGAAGAACCGGAGGCAGCUGGCUUAUUCUACUGUGGGAACACCAGACUACAUUGCUCCUGAAGUCUUCAUGCAGACGGGAUACAACAAGCUGUGUGACUGGUGGUCUCUGGGUGUCAUCAUGUAUGAAAUGCUCAUCGGUUACCCACCAUUCUGCUCCGAGACGCCACAGGAGACAUACAGGAAGGUGAUGAACUGGAAGGAAACCCUCGUCUUCCCGCCUGAAGUUCCCAUCUCAGAGAGGGCCAAAGACUUGAUAUUAAAGUAUUGCACUGAUGCUGAGAACAGGGUUGGAGCUGUGAGUGUCGAUGAGAUUAAGAGUCAUCAGUUUUUUGAGUCUGUGGACUGGGAGCAUAUCAGGGAGCGGCCAGCAGCCAUCUCCAUCGAAAUAAAGAGUAUCGACGACACCUCAAACUUUGACGACUUCCCUGAAUCGGACAUCCUUCAGCCAGCCAAUGCAACGGAGCCAGACUUCAAAUCGAAGGAUUGGGUGUUCCUCAACUACACAUACAAACGCUUCGAGGGUCUGACUCAGCGAGGCACCAUCCCCACAUACAUGAAGGCAGGGAAGGCCUGACACGGGGAGACGGCGUCGUGGAGACAAAACAGACGUUUACGGACACAGGGUCGGGCCGCAGAGCCCCGCUGGUGCUGAAGGCUGGCCGCCAGCCUCUCAGUAUAAAUUUAACCCUCAUCACAAGUUAUUUAGGUCUGCUCAGCCGCCGCAAGAACGCCAAGAGCUCGGAAAUGAAGGAGCGUUACCGCAUUACCUCGGUUGUUUAUAUCGUAUACACGUGCCGUCUUUAGCCAUAGCUCUCAGGCCAGCUCACCAACUAGGACACUAAAUCAGCAUAUCUGCAUGUUCAGCAGCGUAGUGCUUCUGGAGGUUUUUUAUUGCCCAUAAAAGCGACAGUGGGAACGAGGAUUGAGUACAAAUCACUGCUUCAACAUCUUCACAGCGAUAGUUUUUACACUGGUGGCGAAAUUAGCUUUGAUGCAAACAUCAUUUCUAAUACUGAAGACAAGCUAGAGACACUAUUCAGAAUGAUUAGUGCGUAAGAACAUGUUCCCCUUAUGUGUUCUUGCCCAAACUGUUAUACUCUGGAUUUUAAAGGAGAGUUCCAGCAUGAUUUCUGGGAGAUUCUGGGUUUACUUGUUGGCAAAAUGCUAGUCAGAAAAAUGCUACUAGAUCCCAAUGGAAGACUAUUUAGUAUCAAAACUGUUUGAGACAAUAGUGGGAAAUGUUGAAAAUGUGAAGGCAGCAUCGUAUUUAUAUGCCUUAUGUUUAUAGACUAGUCUAGCAGACACAUUUUAGCCGUGCUAGUAGUGUACCUGUUACAACUGGACAACCCCUUCUCACUCCCAACUUGUCAAAUGCAGAUGCUUGAUCAGAGCCUCUCACGUCAUAUACGGACGCACACUGCCAAAAAGGUGUGUCUAGAAACAAGAUAAAAACACAAAAUCUGCUAGGUAAAGAAGGUACUGUGUGGUAUAGGUACCCCACCCCAACUAUUCCUGUCUUUUUGUUCUGUAUAAAAUGUUAAAAAUGCCUCAGUAAAAAGUUAAUAAAAAACAACAACAAAAACACUAAAUCUGAGGGAAAUGAUCUUGCUGCAUGGACAGCAGAUUGUAAAUUGUUAAAUCUAGAAAAUCUAGAAAUAAGCAUGCUGAAUGCUUAAAAUAAGAAAUUAGCUCUUAAAAAAAGAUAAAUUAUCUAAAACUUCUAAAUCUAAACAUUUUUUGUUGUUGUAGGAAACAAAUAAUUGCAGCUUUAAUUUAUCUUGUUUAAAGAGUUAAUUUCUUAUUUUAAGUGUUCAACAUGCUUAUUUCUAGAUUUAAUCAUCUGAAUUUAAGAAAUCUUGUCAAAUGAAAUUAUCUGUCCAUGCAGAAAGGUCAUUUCCCUCAGAUUUAGUGUUUUUAUCUUGUUUUUAGACACAAGCAGUGGGUAUACUCGGGUACACAGGACAUGCCCACCUCUCUUUCUGGUCAUUUACAGUGUUAGAUAUUGGAGCAUACUGGAGAAUAUACCCACUUCCUCCUGGGUAACCUACACAUCUACCUAGUAGUACACCCACCUCAUCAGCUAGUGUCUGUAUGAGAUGAAGAUUGUUCAGGUGGUGAAAGGGUCAAACAAAUGUCAGACUUUGACCCAGGACACUGGUCUUUAUGUCAAAUGUCACCAGUGGUAUUUUAAGUUAACUUGUAACUUAAUUUCAGUUCAUAGAUGUGUAACAUUCUAGGCUCCUACGUAACUGCGUCCAGUAGUAACAUACGGAAGUAGUUAUUUUACUUGGGGUAAAAUAACUACUUCCGUACACUGUUCUUUUUUAACAGUACCCAAGUUGUCUUGUUGCCAAAACUGUACUUUUUAUGUGGACGUGAGCUUUAUUUUAAAAGCAACUAUGCAUCUAAUGAGUUAAAACCGACACUCCGUCCCUGACAUGUCAAAAACUGAUGCUAGAGGGGUUUAUGGAUUAAUAUUUUUGAAGCGUAGAGCCACUGACCAAGUGUUGUUAUCAGACAAGCUGGGAGUGAGAUUGUUUUGCAAUGACAUUUGGCACCUUCACACUCAGGAUGAAGUGUAAAACCUUCCUCUAACGUUUCCUCUAGCACCAUCAUCUGGUCAAAUUAGUUUGUCUCACAAUAAAAAAAAAAGACAUUUUCAUCAGCAUCAGCUGUACUAGUGUUAAUUAACAAAUGCUAAACUAAGAUGGUGAACAUGGCAACAAUGACAUACAGUCAUGGAAAAUUUCUUGUUCAUUUUAAUGCCUGGUACAACAAAAGGUACAUUUGUUUGGACAACUAUAAUGAUAACAAAAAAAACCCCAUGGAAAAUGUCUAGAUAUCAUCUCUUAAAUUAAACUCUUAUCAGCUAUUUUUGUUGUUAUCAUUAUAUUUGUCCAAACAAAUGUACCUUUAGUUGUACCAGGCAUUAAAAUGAACUAGAAAGCAAGGAGAAAACAAGGGUGGUCUAAUCAUUUUUUUCCAUGACUGUAUAUUUAGCAUCAAUAUUUCAGCAGUGUCUCUGGAUGUUAGCACACUGAUUUUAGCAUUUAGCUCAGAACAAUGCUUUUUCUCACAGCUUGUGCGAAAAUCCAUUUAUAUAGAUAUAAAAAACAGGGCAUUCUUCAUAAUAACAGUAAUAUAAUUAUUUUUUGCCAUUUAUUCACAGUGAUUGUUCCCAGGAACAAUGAGCACUGAAGGAAUAGAAAAUCGCAAAGAAACAAACACAAUUCAAGUCAUGCUGGAGCCCUCCUUUAACCCAUGUGGUGUUGGCACAAGGACGACUCUUUUGUGGCAUGCCUCUGCGCUACUGCUUUUCUUACUUGUUGCCAGGAAACGUGUGAAUACAGUUUGCCCUGUCCUUGACAUCCGUUACUGUGGAGUGCUGCACAUGCAUACAUAACUCCAAACAAACUGCAGAGUGUGUCUCUUCCCUUCAGAGCCUCUUGUUAUGAUCAGAUCAGUGCUACAGUAAAUGAUAUUUCCCCUGAUUAUCAAUUAUAAUUCUAAUGAUCCAGAGGGCCAAUCGCUUCCUUCUUAGAUGGACAAAACAUGCAAAGUGCCUUUAAAUAGCUGAUAAAUAUUUGCCCAGAUAUUUUAGAGAUGUUAUCGGAAAUUAAUCAGAAGGUGUUAUUAGAAAUGGUAAAGUUAUUUGAAAGACAAUUGAAAGAAAGUCACUUUGUGGAAGGAUUGUCUCUUAAAGCAAAUAGAAAGCAUUGAUGUGUCAGUUGUAUUUAGUGUGUCUGCAGUGGUAAAACAUCAAGUGAUAAAUCUGAUGAAACAUAGGCAAUUUAGAAAAAAGAAAGGAUUUUUAUAGGUUAGAUCACUAAACAAAGGGCCCAUAAAACCACAAGGCGUCAAAGCAAACACAAUGAACAAAAUGUCUUUGUUUGUCAGGUAACGAAUGAACUAAAAUAGAAGCUAAAUCAGAAUAGUUUAACAUGGUGGAAAGACAAAUGUAUGUAUUUUGUCUUUGAGGUUCCUAAAAGUCUUAUUUUUAUUUAAAAUGAACUAUCCAUGGGAUGUAUUUAAUGUUCUUUUUCACCCUCUACAUAAAAGCUAAUGUCAGGCCUGUCUUUCUCAACAAUACAAACAAUUUAACCAUCUCAUCUGCUCAGAGUUGUGACUAGACACAGCGCUAGAAAAUAGUUACCAAAGAACUCUGAUCAUCACCUGUUAUGAUCUGAACACAAAUUCAGAUGUAGCUGUCGCUUACUGCACUUAACUUUAAACUACCUUAAAAAAAACACAUUUCAAAGAGAGCUAAACAUGGUUAUGGAAUAAUUUGCCAUUUCUAUUUCUACACUUGGGUGUAGAAAACGAGUGAGCAGAGACAGAUGUUUUUCAGUUAGCACAUCUGUUAAGUGUCAAAGCUAUAAAUGUACAUACAGGGACAGGAAAUAUAGUGAGGAAGUUCAGCUGUAGCCAUCACAGGAAUCCCAUACUAAACCGUUUGUGGUGCUAUUUCUGGGGAAUUGAUCGAGAGAGUAAGUGGUUGCAGGAUGAUUUAGUGAUUUAGUGUAUAAUAAUACACUUGUGCCAGUCUCUAUUCUUAUAUUUUAUAUGUUUCACUGUAAGUCAUCCAGGUAGUCCUGUUACAGUUGGCCAAGAAUGCACCAUAAUGACAUGGUAAGAUGUGUAAAAAAAAAAAAAAAGGGUUAAGUGAUGUGUAUAUUUGUGCAUUAUUUAUUAUUUUUCAUGUUUGUUGAUAGAUGACAUUUCAUGUUAACACUUGGAUUGGAUUAUUUAUAUUAAUUGGCUUCCCUAGAAAUUAAAGGGGCGCUCCAACGAUUUUGUGUUGGACCUCUCUAAAGCUAGAUAUUAGUACUUGACUUUUAGUCCAAAGCAUGGCCAAAUGUUACAAAAAUAGUGAGUCCUACAAUUCCCAUGAUGCAAUUGGAUUUGCAGCUUUUAUUAUACCUUAUAUCUGUCUCUACCCGAUCUGUACACCCUGCCCGAUUGGUUCUGUGCAUGUGCAACUCUCAACAGAGAUAGGUAGAAAGAUGUGAAAUCAGUUUUGUUUUUAUGUUUUUUUAAUUUUAAAAAUGAUUAGACCACCCUUGUUUUCUUCAAUUUCUUGUUCAUUUUUAUACCUGGUACAACUAAAGGUACAUUUGUUUGGACAAAUAUAAUGAUAACAACAAAAAUAGCUGAUAAGAGUUUAAUUUAAGAGCUGAUAUCUAGCCAUUUUCCAUGGUUUUCUUGAAAAUGAUUUUGGUUAUUAUCAAGAAAACCAUAGAAAAUGGCUAGAUAUCAGCUCUUGAUUAAAAACACCCAUUUUUGUAGGUGAUGGUGGAAGUAGCUAGCGAGUCGGCCAUCUUGCUCCCUUCCCAUCUCUGUUGAGAGUUGAACAUGCAUAGACUCCAUCAGGCAGGAUGUACAGAUCAGGUAAUGGCGGUACCCUUUCUGUCUAGUAAAUGCCGAUACCUUUCAAAUCCCAGUUUGUAACGUGGCAUUUCAAUGCAAGCCAUGACGACCCUUAUGAUAACACUAUGACAUCAUCAGGGUAAUCUUUUACUUUAAAACCCUCCCUCCAGAGCCUCAGAAAAAGUAAUUGUCCUCCCUGUGGCAUGGGGCUGUGACAUGAUGCAGAGUAACCUGAUCUCGAUGUGUAAAACAAUUGAGUGCCCCUUUAAUUACAAACCGAAAAUGUUCGGAAACGUAUUGCAUCACAUCCGAUGCACAGCCCUGAUUGGCCAGUAUUCCACCCCAACAAAAAAAAAAUCAAAUGUCUGAUUCUUAACUAAAUACAAAUCAAACUAAGUCCAGUCUGCAAUAAGAUGUGGUCCUACUGUAUGACCUCAGCAAGACAGA